GCGGGACGGCCAUCGACCAACCGCAGCCGCAGCAUGAAUGGCUUGGGUGAGCUCAGUCAUGGGCCGUGGCCAACGCACCACCCGGCGUCCCUCGGCUUGCGGCACCAAUCGACGACCUCGUACUCGUCGCUCGACGACAAGGCUGCUGUCGUUUGCAAGAAGAAUGUGUUUGUCUCCAAGUCGAUGCGCGUGCAGCUGGCGCGCGUGAGCUACAUCAACAUGGUCCUCGUUGCGCAGACGCUGCUCUUCAACGCCUACCGCGGCGAGGCUAUCACCCACAGCGCGACUUGCGAGCGCUACAACACGGUGCGGCUCCUUCUGCGCAGUGUACUCUGGGGCACGAGCUUUCUCCUCUUCUUGCCCACGACGGGCCACAAGCUCUUCAAGCUCUACCACGUGCGCUACGACCGUGCGUCCAAGCGGAAGCGCCACCGCCUCUCGGACACGCAAAUCGACACGGACACGUCGUCGCAGCCGCCGUCCCGAAAACAGCUUCACGUGGUGCGCACCACUUUUUUGCGGCUCUGCGAGGUCGUGGCGCUGGCGCAAAUCGUGCUGCUCGCACUCACGAUCGUGUACAUCCCGCUCGGUAUGGUGCAGCCGAGCUGGACGUGGGAUUGCCCCUCUGACAUGGACGCGACGCUGCAUGGUUUUCUCAUGGCCAUUUCGUUUGUCUUCGCGCUCUGGGCCUAUAUCGCGACGUGGGACUUCCUCGUCAUGUUCCACCAACUCCGCACGCACUUGCUCUUGCAACACGGUGUGUUUGGCGACGCGCACCUCGCGCACGACCGUCCGUUCAACCGGUCGCGGAAUGAGAUCUUGCGCCACCGCAUGUGGAUGGCCGUGCAGGAGAAGGACAUGGAGGCGCUGCACGCUGCCGUGACCAAAGCUCUUACCAUAGACCUUGCGUUUGCGACCUCGUGGUUUCCCGGUGCGACGCUGCAGUGCCGCAAGCGCUUUGCGAGAUCCCAGCACAACCCGCUGCACUUGGCGCUCAAGACCCACCAGCACGAAAUGACGUGCUACCUCUUGGACGUUGGGUUUGGGCUCAAUACGCUCGAGAAGGUGCAGCUGUCCGAGUUUGCCCUGCGACACGUGUACGACAAGGUGUUUUGCUUCUUUUCGCCCAACUUUGAAGAGCCACCGAGCCUCUAUGGCCCGCGCGGUUGGUUCAAGCACACACUCUUGACGCCACUUCACGUCGCCGUCGCCCGCAGCGACGUGCCAAUGGUCCAGAAACUUUUGGCGUCUGGCGCCGACCCCAACGUACCAGCACAAUCGACGCUGCCAACGUACGCGACACCGCCGCUCUUUUGGGCGACACACCCUGACGUGACUAAGCUCCUCUUGGAGCACGGCGCCAACCAACUGCACGUGCCCAAGCAUGGGUUUUACUUGACCGCCUACGAAGACGCGCUGCUGCAUGGGCGCCACGCAAUCGCGCACCUCAUGGAGACCUGGGGGGCUGACAUUGCGCUCACUCCGCUUCACGACGCCGCUGCCCAAGGCGAUCCCGACCUUCUUCUGCCCUUUCUCUCGGAAGAAUCGGUCAACACACUUGGGGAGCAGUCCAAAGGUCUCUUUCGGCGCACGUCGUUGCAUUGGGCUGCGAUUCGUGGCCAAGUAGACACGGCGAGAGUGCUGCUUCAGCACGGCGCGACCAUCAACGCCGUUGAUGCCUACGGCCGUACGCCGCUGGCGUGGGCGUGCUAUCUCAACCACGUUGAACUCGCCGAAGAACUUGUCACGCUCUGGGAUGCCAAGCUAAAUAGCGUCGACCACCUCGGCCAGACCAUUCCAUGCCUCUGCGCAACGCGCGACGGUAUCGACACGCGUAUCUUUCGUCUACUGCGCGAGAACGGCCUCGGAGACUUUGGCACCGUCGCCAACGGCGAUACACCGCUGCACAUUGCAAUGAAGUCGGGGCACGAAGCCACAGCAAUCGCGCUGGUCCGCUCGGGGUCAUCGACGACCAGCGUCAACCACGACGGUGUUCGAGCCAUCGACUGCACCUCAUCCACGGAGCUCCAGUUUAUCAUCAAGAAAGAAGCUGGUCAGCGCGACGUCAUGAUCAGCUACAGCCACGCGUUCCAGCCGUUCGCGCUCCGGCUCCGUCAGUCGCUCGAAGACAACUUUUUGACAACGUGGAUGGACUUGAUGGACCCAACUGGCAUCAGCGGCGGUGCCGUGUGGCGCGACGAGAUUGCCAACGGCAUCCAGAACGCUGCCGUUGUGCUCUGCAUUCUGAGCGAGACGUACCCGGCGUCGCAAUGGUGCAUGAAGGAACUGGCUUUCGCCAAGGCCCACAACGUCCCAGUGGUUGCAGUCAUGGCGCAAACGACCGAAAUGACGGACGAGCUGCAAGUGUACCUCUGGAGCCGCCAACUCGUGGACUUUCGGCCCGCCAUUGUGUCGGCGUCACCGACCAACGGUCGUAGCCUCAUUGUAGACGACGUCAUCUACAGCCAGCAGCUCGCGUCGCUUCUCGAUGGCCUUCGCAACGAAGUUGAGAAGCACCGCGUCGACGACAAGGUGGUUUCUCGACCAAAGUUGUUGCAUCGACUCCAGAGCCAGCGACUUACGUCCUUCGAGUCGAUGCACGCGAAAUUUGUCUUUAUUAGCCACGGCAAUUGCCACUUGAGCUUUGCGCGCCGACUGCAAACGGCGCUCUGGGACCAAGGCGUGAUUGCGUACAUUGAGAACCAUCACGAGGGCAUUAGCAUCAAUGACGCGAUCCUCAAGUGCGAAGCGUUCAUUUCGAUCUUUUCUGCUUCGUCGUGCGCCUCGGACGUCUUUUCCGAUCAGCUUGCGUUUGCGGAAAACCGCGAGAAGCACAUCGUACCGGUGCUAUUUUCACCCAACUUUUUCCGCCUCGCGCACUCGUACUCGCUCUCGUUGCACAAGUCGGUCGUGCACUUUAACGACGCCAUUGGGUUCCAAGAGAGUCUGGACCACCUCUUCGCAGCCUUUCCAUGGGCAAGUUCAUGGCUCGUGAUUCAUUCGGCGACGAGCGAAGAUGCUGACAGCCUCGUCGAUGACGCGCCCAUGUUGGAGUACCAUAUGCACAACCUCGUGUUGUAA